ACUUCUGGUUUUGAGAUUCAGAAUCAAACUCGAAGAGCGAAAUUGAAGACUGCAGUGGAAAGUUGAACACGCAGCAUCAUUAGUUCAGGAAUGAGAUUACAUUACAGACAUACUGCACUAUGUAUUGACAGACACAAUGCUCUUUUUACCAUAGUGAGUCGCAGACGUCAAACUUCGGAGCAGAGGCCAGUGUAGCUUUUAACUGUUACAUGUAAAGUGAACGUUUACAACGCUUGAUACAUGUACAAAAAACCCCAAAAAACAAACCAACCAACCUUAAAGGAGGUAAAGUUAGAUCAUGGUUCACGACAGUAAACUGGAGAAGAGCAAUAAGCAACUAAGACUGAGGAGUGGUCACGGAAGGAACGUCAGUGUAGUGAGGGAGGUGUACAGGAGAGAGGAUGUCCCUUGUCAGAGCCAACUCUGUCUUAGUGACUGUCAAAACGCCACAGGUGAUGGUGGAAUGGGAUUGCUGCCAGCAGAUAUCAACCAUUACCUUGUCCCAGACUGUCGAGUAGCCAGAGAAUUCCUGGAAGUCUUGGAGAACCCAGUAGUAACCGGGAUCAUAUUCCUUCAAACAGUGGUUCAUUCUGUUCAGCAUGAAGGAAGUAGGCGUUUAUACAACAGAUUGAGAAAUCUUGUUAAAGACAAACGAAAAGCCUCCAUCAUAUUCCACAAUGAAUUCCAAAAGUAUGCAUACUGUGAGAGAGACCAAGGAGAAACACUGGCUGACUGGCAGACAAGAAGUACAUACACAGCAGCUGAGUGGUUUUACCAUCACCUGGCUGGCCAGAAACCCAUCAUCAUGGUCACUCUGAAUAAAAAGGCUAUAGAGGCAUAUGGAAACAAGACACAGAAUGUGUUUGUCUUAUCGCUGGAGGAUUAUCUGAGAAAAUUCUGGCAGUCUCAUAUACCAGAGGUCAUGGAGCUGUAUGAGUCAUUGACUGCAUCAUUGGAAACAAAGGUCAAAGGGAAGGACUACAAGGGCUAUCUCCCAAUGGACAUCCUAGAGGCUGGUGUAAAGUCAGGGCGGUUUGUCCAGGGUCAUAUCAACGUGAACAGGAGCAAUGCAGGACUAGAAGCGUUUGUCAAACAGAAAAGGUCUUCAAAGAUUGAUGAUGCCGAUAGAGAUAUCCUGAUACAUGGAAUGUCCUGCAGAAACCGAGCUGUCCAUGGCGACUUGGUUGUCGUGGAGAUGUUACCAAGGUCAGAGUGGAAAGGAAGGUCAAGUGUCAUCAAGGAAAACCAGGAAGGUCAGGUGGAGGAAGCUGAGGAGGAUGGUGUCUCUGAUGGCAAUGUAAUGCCAACAGGUCGCGUGGUAGGGAUCUCACAGAGGAACUGGAGGGAGUAUGUGGCUUCUUUUGCUUCUGAUGAGAAAGUUAGUGAAAAGGGUGGAAAGGUUUUGGUAAUUCCAUGGGAUUAUCGCAUUCCAAAGAUACGUAUCAGCACACGGCAAGUUGAGAAACUGAAGGACCAGAGAAUUGUUGUUCGCAUUGACUCAUGGGAAAUCGACUCCCAGUAUCCUAAUGGACAUUUCGUAAAAAGUCUUGGAGCCAUUGGAGAUUUGGAGGCAGAAAUAUCAGCAAUUCUUCUGGAGAACACAAUCCAUGCCUCAGAAUUUUCUGAAGCACAGAUGAAGGAACUCCCUGUGGACACACCAGAGAACCCCUGGUGUAUAGAAGACACAGAAUUAAGCAAACGUCGGGAUUUACGCUCUUCUCAUUUGAUUUUCUCUAUUGACCCCAAAGGCUGUGAGGACGUGGAUGACACACUCUCUGUAAGAUACUUGGACAAUGGAAAUCUUGAACUGGGAGUUCACAUUGCUGAUGUAACACAUUUUGUGAGACCUGGCUCCCUGACAGACAUGGAGGCCCAGAGUCGGUCCACCACCGUGUACCUGGCUGACCGACGCUACGACAUGUUACCAGGGAUACUUAGUGCCAACCUGUGUUCGUUGAUUAGCGGGGUGGAUAGGUAUGCCAUGAGUGUUAUAUGGGAACUGGACAAAGACUUUGAGGUGGUCAACGUUUGGUAUGGAAAAACAAUUAUCCGAUCAAGUUAUAAACUAUUUUAUGAGAUGGCACAAGCAAUGCAUGAUGGAAUAGCAAUGUCUGAAAUAAUAGAAAAUGUUCCUGAACUUCAAAAUUUGUCUAAAAAGGAGAUGAAAAAUAGAGUUGAUGAGUUGCGGUCUGCUGUGGUGUUACUGAUGAAGAUAGCGAGACGUCUGAAGGCAAGACGUGUGUGUGGAGGUGCUCUGGAACUUGAAAGUGUUGAGGUCCAAGUCCAGCUGACUGAGACGAAGAGCAUAGAGAACCUCACUCCUAAAGAUCACUUGGAAAUCCAUGACACCAUAGCAGAGUGUAUGAUUUUCGCCAACCACUGGGUGGCAAAGAAGAUUGCAGAGGUGUUCCCAAACCAAACCUUGUUAAGACACCACCCCUUGCCAAAAAAUGAGCAAUUUGAAAAUCUGAAGAACUGUGCCAAAAACAAGGGUUUUGAAGUCAAAACUUCCUCAAACAAAGAUCUUGCAGACACACUUGAUGUCUGUGUAGAUCCCAACGACCCCAUAGUUAAUAGGAUUCUCAGAAUGCUGGCUACACAGGCCAUGUCGGUGGCAUCCUACUUUUCAACUGGUUCUCUGUCACGGGACCAGUUUUUCCACUAUGGUUUAGCUCUGGACUACUACACACAUUUUACUUCCCCCAUCAGGAGAUAUGCAGAUGUGCUGGUACACAGACAGUUGAUGGCAGCCGUACAGGGGCAGGGUUCAGAACUAUUACCUGGUAAUCAGGAAUUGGACAUGCUGUCUGAACACAUUAAUCACCAACACAGGGCAGCUCAGAAUGCACAGAGGGAUUCCCAGGAACUGUUCCAGUACUUGUAUUUCAAACAAAAAGAUGCAGAUGAUGUGUGCUGUGUGGCUGAUGCUAUUAUAUUUCAGCUCAGAGCUAAUGGUCUCAUGGUGUUUGUCCCAAGGUAUGGCAUACGGGGACCUGUUUAUUUACGCAACAAAGAUGGGCAAGUUAUAUUUGUGAUGAAUACUGGUCAUUCAGAGUGGACAAAUGGCAACAUUACAAAGUCUGAGGGCAGUAUUAGUAUAAACAGUGUACUGGGCACCCAGACAUUUCACUUGCUGGAUCACAUUACAGUAAAAAUAACACUGCACAGCUCUCGAGCACAUGCUUCCUCUCUUAGACUUGAACUGAUCUCAAAUGAGGGCUAUGAAUUGGAUCAAAAACUGUCUGCAGCUGAUAAAUCCUCAAAGAGCCAGAAGCAGGCCAUAAUACAGGAGGUGACUGCCAUUGCUGAGGAGAAACGCAAUCAGUCUUCCACCGAAGAAACCAGUUCCAGAUUUCAAUCGCUUAAGGAGGAGUUUGGUCAGACUCCUGAAAGUGUCAGCUUGUACACACUGUUCCAGUCCUUUAAAGAACAAGCUGUAACUCCUGUUGCCCAGCAAUGAGACUUCAUCAUCACUUGUCAUCUUCAGAAUUGACCUUAUUGAAAAUAUACAUAUUUACAAUGUAUGGUGUGAAGGUGGUAGAAACUUGUCAUACAAUAAAGUACUUCUGAAAAUUUCA